ACACACUUCUUCGACAUGGCGUGUCCCACACACUCAACCCUCCUGAGUCCAAAAACAAACUCGUCUGGUGGCUUUUACAAUCCUGUUUACAUGAGAUGGAUUUGGAAAGCCGUCCUGACCGCUAAGAUGAGGCGUCUGUCCAGAAGGAAAGCCCUGAGUCUGGUGAAGGAGCUGGACGCCUUCCCCAAAGUGGCCGACAGCUACAUGGAAACGUCUGCAUCCGGGGGUACAGUGUCUAUCAUAGCGUUCAGCGCCAUUGCGGUUCUGGCCAUCUUGGAGUUCUUUGUGUACCGAGACACUUGGAUGAAGUAUGAUUAUGAAGUUGACAAAGAUUUUUCCAGUAAGCUAAGAAUAAACGUGGACGUCACAGUAGCAAUGAAAUGCCAGCAUGUGGGAGCAGACAUUUUGGAUCUGGCAGAAACAAUGAUCACAUCCAACGGCCUGCAGUACGAACCUGUUAUUUUUGAAUUAUCCCCACAACAGAGGCUGUGGCAAAGGACGCUGCAUCUCCUUCAGAGCAGGCUGAGGGAGGAGCACGCUGUGCAGGAGGUUCUGUACAAAACGCUGCUGAAGGGAGCGCCCACCGCUCUGCCGCCUCGGGAGGACGCUCCCAACGAGCCACUCAACGGCUGCAGGAUUCACGGACACGCUUACGUCAAUAAGGUGGCAGGAAACCUACACAUCACAGUAGGGAAGCCGAUUCACCAUCCGCAGGGCCAUGCUCACAUCGCUGCUUUUGUGAGUCAUGAGGCAUACAACUUCUCCCAUCGAAUUGACCAUUUAUCUUUCGGCGAAGAGGUUCCAGGCAUAAUCAAUCCUCUGGACGGCACCGAGAAAAUCACCUACAACAAUAACCAGAUGUACCAGUACUUCAUCACAGUGGUUCCCACCAAGCUGAACACACACCUGAUCUCCGCAGACACACACCAGUUCUCCGUGACGGAGCGAGAGCGGGUGAUCAACCACGCGGCGGGCAGCCAUGGCGUCUCGGGGAUCUUCGUGAAGUACGACACCAGCUCCCUGAUGGUGACGGUGAGCGAGCAGCACAUGGCGCUGGGACGCUUCCUGGUGCGGCUCUGCGGCAUCGUCGGGGGAAUCUUCUCCACCACAGGCAUGCUUCACAGCCUGGUCGGGUUCUGCUUGGACAUCGUCUGCUGUCGCUUUAGACUCGGCGCCUACAGACCCAGACAGGAGCUGCAGCUGAAUAACCGGAACAAUCACCAAACUCCUCUACUGGUGGGAAACGCUCCGCUCUAGUCUCACUGUGAUCUAAAGACGAUCAUCUCUGGAAGAUGUUUAUUUCAGUAAAAUUCAUCUCCUUCAUUGCACUGUAGGUUAAAUAUUCCCCCGGUAACUGCAUUAAUAGUAUUAUUAGUGGCUGUAAAUUUGAGUUUUAAUUGCUUAAAAUGAUGUCUUAUGAUUUGUUAUUUAAUAGAUUAAAAGAAUGCAAACAAAGAAAAUCUAUCGUUUUUAAAAAAAUAAUCCCUUAAAACGUAAAGUACCAACCAGCAGGAGGAUAUCUGAAAAAGAAACAAAAUCCACCUUUGUGAAACAGACAGCAGCACAGAUGCGCUUUUUAUCCUCUUUAUUUCAGUUUUGCCAAGCAGACUGAAUCUCGUAAGAGCGGGGAACACAGGUGGUCACACAAUUUGCAAAAAUGACACCAGUGAGAAUAAGAUGUUCUCGGUUAUGUGUUGCCAUUUGUGCCAGCGUCGCAUUUUGAGUGAACAAAGACAGUGCUGUUACCAAACGGACAAACAUGGAUGACAGCAUGAAGAUAGCCCUGUAGCUCUUUGGGGACAACCUGACAAAACCGAUUCAUCUCGCAGUCCAAGCACAAAACGACGCAGACACACAACAAAACCAGAGUUUUGCAUAAACAUUUAGUUUCUUCCCUUUUUCUCCCAUAAAAUCUCAUUCAGUUUGAAAGUAGACAACACCGCCCACCCAGUUCUCCUCAGACUUUACGUUAAAUACUUCUUGUAGUUAGAGGGAAGCUCUGUGGUCCUGUGAAUACAGCAAUGAUUCAACAAAUACAAGUUUUUGGUAAGCUAAAGUUUUCUUCUUAUAAAACUGGAUACCAACCACGCCAACCUUAAUUAGCAGCGAUUCUCCAUUCUGUCAGAUGUGGCGCCCCUCAUGGUUGUGUACUCGGACUCCUUCAAAGUGUAUUUUUUCAGAGAAACACAACUGUUGCUAAUUGAUUUCACUCCGACACGUUCACUUAACACUUCCCACACCCCAAUAAAUUAUACGAUUGAUAUUGGACAAAUACUUUUUAAAACUGCUUUGAGUUCUUUAGCAUUAGAUGCAUCAUAAUUCUUCAUUCAUCUCCAGUGCAGUGGACCUCCGCUUGCUCGCAAUUCGGUUUUCGUAGAUUUUUCUUCGGAACAUGAAUCUUCUCGAAUCUUCCAAGUAAAUCUAAUUCGUUUGAAAGAAAAUGCCCCUAAAAUACCUCGAUGGAGUGCAAAUGGUGUCGUUUGUGAAGCAGCUAAUAUAGGAGCGCCACCAGUUUUCAUUGGUGCUGAUGGCACAGAAAUGACGUAAUUAGAUCAGCGGCCAUUUUAGCUUCAGACGAACAGGAGUGGUGAGCUGUGUUUCGGGGGAAACAUCUGUGCGUCUGAACAGCUGAUAUAGUUUGUGAUUGGCUGAUUUAGGUUAUUUAAUACGUACAAUUUAAGGCCGACCAAUAUUUGGAAAUAAACUCAAGAUGAAGAAUUGUUUAUUACGACACUGAGCUGAUUUAGUGACAUUGUUGUCACUAAAUGUUGACGUUGUUUAUAUCCAAUUGAUUCACAGGCUUUUCCAAAAUUAUAUUUAAUUGGAAAAAUGAACUGCAAAGCAUCGAUGAAUCAAUAUUUUUACCUAGACUGAUUGCCAAGCAGGAACUUGGCAAGGUUAACCCAGACAACGCAGUGCUAGCUUGUGCUAGCUAGCUAGCAUUCUGUUUGUAGCCAGAACAAACAAGAUAGUGCAUUCUUUCUGCUAAAUUUGAAUACUCUGCAUUUCAACCACCAUUUUUUUAAGCUUCCCGUCACUGAGCUUCUGUAUCGUAAAGCAAAACAUUGAUCACCAAACAGGCGCUCUUCAGAUGUCGCCAUUUUGUUUGUCCGAUCAGCGCCGCCAACGGACAUGAGUGGAGAUAUGGAAGAGUGUAGAUGUUAGCUUUUACGGUAAUGCUAAAACAGUUUCCACCGUGUAUAUCAAUGCAAAUUAAGAUAUAUUUUGUGUUUUUAGCUGUUAAAGUCGGUAGCUGGGUGUUUUUUAACGGGACACCGGGGGUCCACUGCACUUUAUUUUAAAAUUUUAGAGGUUAUCCUCUCAAAACCCUGAUUAGGACCAUUUUAAAGAACCAUCUACAGUUUGUACUACACUAUAUAAAUAAACUCCACUCUGAUGUACUAUUAUUUAUACAAACCACACUGCUGAGGUCUAACACACAAUCAGACUUGCUUUUUUGGUGCAAGUAUAAAGAUGUAAAAGUAGUAAACCCAGUUCAGUACAAACAGCUGUACAAACAAAGUAGAUGAGCAUUCAAAGACAUCCCGGUCGUAAAUUAGCCAGAAGCCAGCCUAAGUUGUCUCAGCGUUCUGAUGUCGCGUGGGCAAAUCGUCUGAACUGUCAUCUUAAAAAGGCAGUAGAUGCACAUAAUGCAAGACAUAUUCGAGAAUAAAACAAAAUAAAAUAAAAAUAACUACGUAGAGUUCGUCCACCUCUGCUGCAAUGAUGCAAUUCAAGUAUGGAAAACAGAGCUGUGACAAGGCAGGAAGUCAGGGAAAGAAGUGGGAAGUCACACAGAAGGCGUAUCGUUGCAUAUAUAAUUGGCCACUUUGAAGGAAACAUUAGGUAGAAAAUAUAAAGACAACACUUUCUUUGUAGGACAGGGUUUUUCUGACCGGGAAUGUCAAGUUUCCCCAACUCAACCAGUAAC